GCAUCGGAAGGCGGAAACAAAAGAGCUUUCAUAAAUACACAAAUCCUAAACCGGCAGCUGGGCAAGGGAAUGAACUGCAAUUAGUGAUCGUGACAGCAUCUAUAAAGAAAUUGAAACCAAAAAAAGCAACACGUUUAGUUGACGUUCGGCUACAUCAGUCAACAUGGCACUGAAAAGAAUACAUAAGACAACUGUUGCUGGUUUGGUGAGCAGGAGCUGCAGGACCUGCAGAGAGACCCUCCAGCACAGUGUUCUGCUGGACCUGUGAGUGAUGACAUGUUUCAUUGGCAGGCGACAAUAAUGGGUCCGGGGGACAGUCCUUACCAAGGAGGAGUUUUCUUUCUCACAAUCCACUUCCCCACUGACUACCCCUUCAAGCCUCCAAAGGUAGCGUUUACGACGAAGAUUUAUCACCCAAAUAUCAACAGCAAUGGGAGUAUUUGUUUGGACAUUCUACGGUCGCAGUGGUCGCCCGCACUAACUGUGUCAAAAGUGUUAUUGUCCAUAUGUUCUUUGCUGUGUGAUCCAAACCCAGAUGACCCUUUAGUUCCAGAUAUAGCACAGAUCUACAAGAACGACAAAGAAAAAUACAACAAACUAGCAAAAGAAUGGACCCAAAAGUAUGCCAUGUAAUGAAAACAAAGUUGUAUUUUGAUUUUUUUUUUUUUGUCUUUUCCCCAAGUCACCAAACACUGUAAAAUACAGGAAGGAAUUGAGUAACCUGCAAUCAAAUAUACUCUGAAUGACACCAUGAGGCUCAUCAUAUAGCUGAAAAUAAAGGAGCAUGUUUCAGUGCUUUUUAUUCAUUUUAAAACUUGAAGUUUUUUUUUUUCCUUUCUCCUUCAAGGCCAGUUAUUAGAAGCUGGUCUGUAGCAUUUUUGUUGUUGUUGUUGAAUUAAAACUGUUAAACGAUGCCGUUUAGCCACAAGAAUGAAUGCCAGAAACUUCCCCCGUGAUUUACUUUCUUUAAAUAAUGGACAGUUUUUAAAAUAUCUUCAGGUAAUUAAAAAAUAUUUGCAAUUACACUGAAUGAAACAAUGUACUGUCUCCUUCAAAAUCAAAGCAAGUUUAUAAAUUGUUUUCUCACUGUUCUUCCUGUAUAGUAUUUAAAAAAUAAAAAUCAUGACAGCAAAAUUUGCAUAAUUUGUGUAAAAAUCUGCUAUUAAGAAAAGUGACUUUUAUCCCGAGAAUUGCUGAGGUUAUUAAAAACUUUUUUUUUUUAAAUCAGGACUUAAAAUCAGAUUUUUGUGUCAGUCUGAAGAGUUGUUGUGUUGGACUUAAAUUUGAUUUAUCCAAGAUGCAUAAAGGGUGAAAGUCUUUUGUGUAUCUCGUCUUUGACACCUGUGCUAAAUUUUGUACUAAAAUAAAUACAGUCCAGUUUGUACAGUUUCACUAUAUUUUUGUUUUACAAUUUGCAUUUCUAAAUUCUAAUUACUUUGGGAGCAUGUAGCUUUUUUCUUUUGGACAAAGUUUCCUGUAGUUUCACAGAUCAAAGGGUGGCAAAAUUAUUUAAAUGUAUAGAAAAUGGAGGAUAUUUUUUAACUGUCAAAACAUGAAAAAAGGUUGACCUGUCUGUUCUUACACAUCUCUGCAAAUUUACCUUUUGAAUCAAGCUAAAAACUCAAGGGGAAACAAAUACAAACAUGAAUGAAAAGCUGUUACGAAAAAAUACUUUUAAUACAGAGUUCUUUAAUCUCCAAUGAAAUGAAGCACAUUUAUGGCACACUGUACAAAAGCCAAAGAAAAGUAAUAAAGUGGAUUGGAAAACCCACUAAAACAUGUUACUGUAUUUUUUUUUAUUUCAUGACAAGAACAACCACAAGAGUUAAUUGGUCACCUUGAGCAUGAGUGCUCACAUUUACUACCUACAGGAGAAAAAAAAAAAGCAUCUAAUUAGUUGUCAUUUAGUUUUCUUGGUGUUUCUAUUUAGGUAAUUCUUUGUGUACAUAGGACAUACCUUUGUUGCGCAUUGUAGAACUGCCAGUAAUGAGCAAUCCUGAAAGUAUGGUCAGAGCUGGGCAAAUACACGUACUUUAUUUCCCAACUGAUCUGUAGUAGAUCUUUGACGUUUAAUUGAGCAAAUUUUUACAUCUUCUGGUGGUGCGACUGACUUUCGAAACCCUUAUGAAGUGUUUGGAUUUUCCCAAGUUUCAUUUUUAACAACAAUAUAUGAAUUCAGAAUGUGCAUUUAUGGUUUUAACCCUGCCUCCUGCAAGAUGACAGCUGGAUUGGCUCUGGCACUUCCACGAUCCUUGUGAGGAUAAACGGCUCAGGAUUUGAAUUUUUUAUAAUGUACAUUUAAGGCCACAGUCCCAGCACCAAAGGCAUCAAUCACUUGAUAUUGGACCCAACUCACCAGGGACCUUAUGAUGUAGAAAUUUAAAGAUUCUGCUUUUAUACCACCACAAAGGAUGGGAUUUACCCUUGAGGAGUGCAAAAGUUGAAUUCUUCUUUGUUGUUGAAGACGUUUUAGCAUUCAUCCAAAAGCCUUCUUCGGGUCUAAAUUUGAUUUUUGAUGAAUUUAACAAUGAGGUGUAAACCUCUAGUAACAAUGGAAAACAGACCGUUAGAUUCAAUUUUGCCACAAAACAUAAAAAAAGGCCAAAAUUUUUCAUGAAAUACAUUCUUGAGAACAGUGACCAGGUGAACAGAGCAGUCCAAUUUAUUGUAGGUUAGAGGCCUAAAAGCCUAAUUUGAUGUCAAAGGGGAAAGACCACAAAAGUCUUGCCAUAUCUGGUAUAGCUUUUCCCUUUGCUUGAAUGCAAAACAAAAUUACAUUCAAGAAAAAGAUUCAUAAAAUCUUUAACAUUUUUAAAAAAAUCAAAACGCCAUAUUUGUCUUCAGGUUAUCUGCAGUGUAUGAAUGAUAACUGAUCACAGUGAUUGUAUUUUAAGAGAGGAACCUAACUCACAGGUACCUGUAUUUGUUACAGAAAAAAUAGAAUAUUGCACUUUAAAAUUGAAUCAAUGAAAGAAGGCCUGGAAACAAAUUAUUUUGUUUUCUUUUUUUCCGUUAUUUUUGUUCCUAUCUCUACAAUGUCUGUUGUGUUUUUCUCCACUUUCAAAUUUAGCCUGAUAGCAGAAUUAUACGCUGUAGGGGGCCAGUUUUUGACCCCUGCACACUCACAAUCACACCUCGGGGAAAUUUUGAAUCUCCACUGAAUGCAUGUUUUUGGGAUGUGGGAGGAAACCGGAGUGCCCAGAGAAAACCCAUGCAGCCAUGGGGAAAACAUGCAAACUCCACACAAGCGGGGCCAGGAUUUCAACCCGUCCUCGUCUUUUUAAGAGGGAGAACUUACACAAUUGGUGGCUGACUAAAUUAUUUUUUUUUUUUAAACAUCACGUGAUGUGUGGUAAUGUCACUUAAGUCAAAUCCUUUUGGGUCCCUGAAAGUUGAAUUAUGCUGUAUAAAAUGGUUGUCAUUCAUAAAUGGCAAACGUUGGACUUUGUCAAUCUCAUCAUGUUCUAUGGUGGUGUAAAAAAUGCAAAAUAAUAAAACGCGCAAGUAAGACCAAGAUCAUUUGCUUUUUGGCAGCAAUGACAACAAAGAUCCAAUCCUGUAAUAAGAGUAAAAAGAAAGACAAAAUGGCAUUCACUGUAUGGUGGUCAGUAAUGCAAGUUGGGGUUGAAAUCAUACAUAUAUUUAGUCACUUUUUAAAAAAAUCCCUUUUACUCUACGUCAGCUAUACUGUGCAUGGAUCUGUUUGAUAAGAUACACAAUGUAGUUGUUACAAAUUAAAUGUCCAUAAAUAGAACAUGAAGAUACCCCUGCCUCCUCCCUCCCAAAACACAAUUGGCCCAUUAAAAGGAGGCAAGAUGAAUGUAAGUACUUGCAGUCACUCACAUUUGACGAGCGCGAGUGUGCUUGCGCGCUUCCGUGCUCACACAGUCGAGCAUGAAAAAUCACACGCAUGAAAUUUGUUACAAGUAGAAAAAAUAAAUAUUGAAAGACGUCGCUUAUUUUGUAUAAUCUUGACAUUAAUUUACAUGUUUAUUUCAUAAACGUUAACUAAACGAGCCUCCUCCAAAAUAAUCAGUAUUCAUCUGGAAACAGGAAAUGCAAGCUAACCGUACUGAGCAUGUACAGAAGUUAGAUCAAAAGUGCAUGUUCAGAGUUGCUUCACGUACUGCGAGCGCAUUUACGUUGAAAGUCAUCAAGGCCAUGUCAAAGGAAAUUCAGUUACACCAGGGGUGCUCAUUGCAUCGAUCACAAGGUAGUGUGACUCCGUGUGCCCCCCCCCCC